UGUUCUUUUUUAGCAUUUUCCCGUAACCUCUCUGAAGUAAAGGACCAUAGCGUGAAUUGUAAAGUAAGGGUUUGCCAUUCACUCCAGCCAAUCAAGAUCAUUUUCAACAGCAAAAGGUGAGAAGACUUGGAUGAAUUGACAUCACAGAGAUGGAAGAACGGAAGCCAUUGUUUUAUGGUGGUACAAUGUAUCAGCUGUUCUAUCACUUCAUGCAUAUCGAGAUUUCAGAUAAGAUACACCAGAAUUCAUAGCUUAAGCAAUGUUUUCUUUGAAAUUCAAUUUUAUUACUGAUAACCCUAUGUUACUGUAAAUUCAUUCGUUUUCCUCCAAAGGUGUAGAAAUGUUAAAUUCUUCAUUGCUUUUUUAGCUCACCUGAGUCAAUGGCGAGUUUUUCUGAUCAAAAUGUGUCCGUUGUCCAUCGUCGUUGUUGGCGUUCUCCUUGUCGUAAACUUUCCUCAUUUUCAUAUUCUUUUCCAAAACCAAUGUGUAAAUUUCAACCAAACUUGGCACAGAGUACCUUUGGGUAAAGGGGAUUUAAAUUUUUAAAAUCAAGGGCCGUGCCCCUUCAAAAAUGCAAAAAUAUGAUGGGGUAAUUUUAAAAUCUUCUCAAGAAUCACUGGGCCUGGAGAAAUAAAAUUCAUAUGAAAGCCUAUUGACAUAUUAAAAUUUGUUAAAUGUGUGCCUCCCCCCACCUUCCCCAGGGAUAGCAUGGUGCACAAAACGGGAUAAAAAAUACAUGCAAAUAGAUAGGGAAAUUUUUUAAUGUCUUCUGAAGAGGCACUGGCCAGAAAAGUUCAGAUUUACAUGAAAGGUUUCUGAUAUAGUGCAGAUUCAAAUUUGUUAAAAUCAUAGCCCCGAGGGGUUGGAUGGGGGUAAAAGUUUCACAUACAAAUAUAAUCUGGAUAUUUUGGAAGAUCUUCUGAAGAACCACCGUACCAGAUAUGUUUAUGUUUACAUGAAAGUUUCCUGACAUAGUGCAGAUUGAAGUUUGUUAAAAUCAUGUCCCCGGGGGGUAGGGUGGGGCCACAAUAUGGGAAUAACAAUUUACAUGGGGAAAAAUGGGCAAAUCUUCUGUAGAACCACUGAGCAAAAAAAGUUUCCAAAACAUUUCUUUUAGUGAUGUGACCAGUGAAAAUAGACUUUUCUUCUAUUCUUCUAGCUGCCACCCUCACACACCCCCCUCCACUGCAGGGGAUCAAAGUUUUGCCUACAAAUAUACACUGGACCAGAAAAGUUUACAUUUACAUGUAAGCUUUCUGACAUAGCACUGAUUCAAAAUCUCCCAGGGGCUGGGGUGGGUUUAGGUAGGAGCCACAAUAGGGAUUAAAGUUUUACAUUCGAAAUGUAGGGGAAAUCAUUCUGAGAAUUUCACUUUUUAAAUGGCAUAAAUAAUAGGUUUAUGUUUUUUUGAUGCGGCAUAAACUUAUAGCAUUUGGCAUACACCUGACCAAAACUACUUGCAGGGAAUGCACCACAUUUCUCUCCCCUCAAAAUUCAACCAUACUCGUCUGUUCAGCAAUUGUGGUUUGAAUUCACGUUUUCUUUUUCUUUUUUUUUUCAUAUAGCUUGCGUUUUUCUUGUUUUGAAUUUUUUGUUUGUUUGACAUCAUUUGGUUUAAUACCGGGCUUUGUGCAUCAAAAUAUUUUAACUGCAAAACCGUUUACACGUCAUUUGUUGACCUUCACCUCAAAUUAUAUUUGCUAAGUCAGACGUAUAUUAUUUUCUUUUAACAUUCUUGGAAUAUUUGAAUAUUUGCGAAAUAAAGAAAAAAGGACAACUCUUGUUAUAUUGUUAGGGAAAAUUUCAAUUUAAAAAUCGAUCCCAAUAAAAUUCAUCGAUGCAGAUAAAAAAAAAGCAUCGACAUUUAAAGACAUACGAAUUGUACGCUGAACAAUUUGUCUAGAACACGUCAUAAUCUUCAAACCACUUACACACUUAAGUCGUAUAUUUUAAAAUCAAUGGGAGCACAAUCCAGAUCCCAAAAUAGAUUUUGACGAUUGUAAGGGAAAAUAUUUAUUUUAAGUGCAUUAUCACACACGUACCAUAAUCAUUUCUUUGUUUCUUGGAAUUUAGCAUAGACAAUUCGGGAUAUCUUAUUUGCACAUGACAUGGUACAACCUCAUUUGGCAUAGCCGCGGUCUAUCGGUUAAAUUCUGAGACUGGAAAAUCUUUAAAUAUGGGUUAAGGUGACUCGGGUGAGCAAUUUGGCUCAUGGGCCUCUUGUUUUAAAUAUCCUACAGUUGCCAUAUAACUGCAUAGAUGAAUUCAAUGCUUUAGUUUUUCCACAGGUGAUAGCAGUUAGAUUUAUCAGCAUCACAAGAUAACAGCUAGAUAUACCAACAUCACAAGGAGAGAAGAAUGGAAAACAUGUGGUGGUUCAUACUGGACUUUCAUGAGGUCCUGCAGAACUGAGAAAAGGAAGUCGAUGUCAAAGUGGUAAUGUUCCUAUCACACAUAAAGUGAUUGUAUUCCUAAAGACCCAGACCCUCCACAUCAUGGACACACUAGGACUCAGUACUCAGCUAAAAGUACGACAAUGUUCUCAAUGUCAGAGGGACACUGAAUUUUACUGUAACACAUGUAAACUUGAUCUGUGUUUACAGUGUAAAAAGAAACAUGUUACAGAAAAUAACACCAAAUAUCACAAUAUAAUGUUCUAUAUAACUCGUCAUACUGAGAGGAGUUUUACCACACAGUGUAAACUACGACAGUGUUCUCAAUGUCAGGGGGACACUGAGUUCUACUGUAACACAUGUAAACGUGAUAUGUGUUUACAGUGUAAAGAGAAACAUGUCGAUGAUCUAGAUACCAUAUACCAUGAUGUUGUGAUUUACCGUGAGAAGUUUAAUUGUUUCCCUUUACGAGAGACCUGUGUCAGACAUCCAAAGAGAAAAUACAGAAUGUUCUGUGAUCAGUGUAACUAUUCCGUGUGUAAGCGCUGUACAGACCACAGAACACACACGCUGGUGGAUCUUAGAACAGCCUAUCAAACAAAGCGACAACAACACAGAGAAAUCAUUGACAACAUCAGAAGUGAGACUCUCUAUAACUGUCGUGUUCUCCUGGCAGGAAUCCAAACUGAUAUCCAAACUUGUCCCCCACAAAUCUGUCACCGUCAAUCACAGAUGUCAACAAAAGCCCAGAGACUGAAGGAUCUGAUUGACACUGUGGUAUGUGAUGUUGAAUUAUUGAUUGAUAGAAUACAACAACAGAAGAGAAAAAUGAACAGACAACUUGUUCACCUACAGAACUAUGAAGACAGAUAUGAACAAUCAGCAAACAGAGCGGUACAAUUCCUCUUGUUUAUAAAGACCGGUCGUGUCCCCCAGAUAAAGAACUGUCCUAGUCAGUUAUUGAGUGUCAUCCCAGAAAUCCAAAUGACAACAGGAAAACGACAAGUAGGAAUAGACGAGUGUGUGAAACUGAUGUCCACACCUGUAUUACACACGUCUGUCUGUGUGACAGGUGUUAGUCGUGUGUUUCACAUAUCUCGUGUGAUGUCAGACCGGGUCUGGGUCUCUGAUAGAGACGAUCUCAUCUUGACAGACACAACAGGAGACACUAUACACCGUGUGACAGAUAGAACACCAUGGUAUGGAGGAGGAGUACACACAGUGAACAGUUCUGGUGAACUGAUUUAUAUAGACAGGGAACUUAACAUCAACAAACUGUCUACAGACAAUAAAACAGUCACCAGACUGAUACAGAGUACAUCACCAUGGUAUCCACAGUGUAUGUACUGCUCCCCGUCCACUGGAGAUAUGAUGGUGGGGAUGUGUAACACUGAUACAGAGACAGGCAAGGUAACCCGGUACAACAGUAGUGGUCAACACAUCCUGACCAUAGAACACGACAACACAGGUCACACGCUGUAUAGUUAUUCUCAUUAUAUCACAGAGAACAAUAACGGUGAUAUCAUUGUGUCUCACUGGAUUGUUAAUGAUAACCGUGGUGUUGUAGUGGUGACAGAGCGCGGGGGCAGACAUCGAUUCUCCUACACAGGACCUCCAUCAGGAUCAUCACUAUCACCAUGUGGAAUAUGUACAGACGCGCUGUCACACAUCCUGGUGUGUGAUCUAGACACCAACACAGUACAGAUGAUUGACAAGGACGGUCACUUCCUGUCUCUGUUACUGACACAACAACACGGGAUAAACGAACCACGCAGCCUGAACUAUGAUGAUAAAACUCACCUUCUCUGGGUCGCAUCAUUCAACACCAACACAGUGUCUGUAUAUAGAUAUCUACAGAGGAGGUACUCUCUGACUGACUAUCUAGACAGUGAGGAAGAGGAUGCCAGGGGAAAAUCUGACUCUGAUGACGAGAACACCAGGGGAAAAUCUGACACUGAUGACAAGGACACCAGGGGAGAAUCUGACACUGAUGACAAGGACGCCAGGGGAAAACCUGACUCUGAUGACAAGGACGCCAGGGGAAAAUCUGACACUGAUGACAAGGACGCCAGGGGAAAAUCUGAUGACAAGGACGCCAGGGGAAAAUCUGAUGACGAGGACACCAGGGGAAAAUCUGACUCUGAUGACAAGGACGCCAGGGGAAAAUCUGACUCUGAUGAUGAGGACGCCAGGGGAAAAUCUGACUCUGAUGACGAGGACGCCAGGGGAAAAUCUGACUUUGAUGACAAGGACGCCAGGGGAAAAUCUGACUCUGAUGAUGAGGACGCCAGGGGAGAAUCUGACACUGAUGACAAGGACGCCAGGGGAAAACCUGACUCUGAUGACAAGGACGCCAGGGGAAAAUCUGACACUGAUGACAAGGACGCCAGGGGAAAAUCUGAUGACAAGGACGCCAGGGGAAAAUCUGAUGACGAGGACACCAGGGGAAAAUCUGACUCUGAUGACAAGGACGCCAGGGGAAAAUCUGACUCUGAUGAUGAGGACGCCAGGGGAAAAUCUGACUCUGAUGAGGAGGACGCCAGGGGAAAAUCUGACUUUGAUGACAAGGACGCCAGGGGAAAAUCUGACUCUGAUGAUGAGGACGCCAGGGGAGAAUCUGACACUGAUGACAAGGACGCCAGGGGAAAACCUGACUGAUGACAAGGACGCCAGGGGAAAAUCUGACACUGAUGACAAGGACGCCAGGGGAAAAUCUGAUGACAAGGACGCCAGGGGAAAAUCUGAUGACGACACCAGGGGAAAAUCUGACUCUGAUGACAAGGACGACAGGGGAAAAUCUGACUCUGAUGACAAUGACGCCAGGGAAAAAUCUGACACUGAUGACAAGGACGCCAGGGGAAAAUCUGACUCUGAUGACGAGGACGCCAGGGGAGAAAAUGAUCCUAAAACAUGUUGCCAGCGGUGAAUCUUGGUGUAGAUGUGACAUACGAUUGCCAUUACCAUUCCUUCAGCCAAUAAAUCUGAUCUACAUUUCCUCAUCUAGUGAUGGUGGACAUUGAUUACAUUUCCUCAUUUAGUGAUGGUGGACACUGAUUACAUUUCCUCAUCUAGUGAUGGUGGACGCUGAUUACAUUUCCUCAUCUAGUGAUGGUGGACGCUGAUUACAUUUCCUCAUCUAGUGAUGGUGGACAUUGAUUACAUUUCCUCAUCUAGUGAUGGUGGACGCUGAUUAAAUUUCCUCAUCUAGUGAUGGUGGACACUGAUUACAUUUCCUCAUCUAGUGAUCAGGAAAAUUGAUUACAUUUCCUCAUCUAGUGAUGGUGGACACUGAUUACAUUUCCUCAUCUAGUGAUGGUGGACGCUGAUUACAUUUCCUCAUCUAGUGAUUGUGGACACUGAUUACAUUUCGUCAUCUAGUGAUGGUGGACAUUGAUUACAUUUCCUAAUCUACUGAUGGUGGACCUUGAUUACAUUUCCUCAUCUAGUGAUGGUGGACCUUGAUUACAUUUCCUCAUCUAGUGAUGGUGGACAUUGAUUACAUUUCCUCAUCUAGUGAUGGUGGACGCUGAUUACAUUUCCUCAUCUAGUGAUGGUGGACACUGAUUACAUUUCCUCAUUUAGUGAUGAUGGACGCUGAUUAAAUUUCCUCAUCUAGUGAUGGUGGACACUGAUUACAUUUCCUCAUCUAGUGAUAAGGAAAAUUGAUUACAUUUCCUCAUCUAGUGAUGGUGGACACUGAUUACAUUUCCUCAUCUAGUGAUGGUGGACGCUGAUUACAUUUCCUCAUCUAGUGAUGGUGGACACUGAUUACAUUUCAGCACAUGUUGUCCGCUCAAUAUCUUGAGAACCAUUCACUUAAUCGUAAUGAUAUUUCAUAUGUGGGUUGGUUAUGAAAAGAAGAGGACCCCUAUUGUUUUUCAGGUCAAAAGGUUAAAGGUCAAGGGUCAGUCUACUCUGGACAUAGAAAUAUACUGUCCGCUCAAUAUCUUGAGAACCCUUUGCUUGACAGACAUCAAACUUGGUACACUGGUACAUUUUCAGGAGUUGAUGACCUCUAUUGAUUUUAGGUCACAUGGUCAAUCCACUCUUGACAUAGGAAGAUAUUGUCUGCUCAAUAUUUUGAAUUAAUGAUACUACUAUCAUUUAAAUGAUUUGUGUGUAUAACCCUUUUCAAUUUUGCACCAUGGGGGGGGGGGGGGGCAUAUGUGUUUUACCAACAUCUCUUGUCUAUACAAGUUUUAUGAUUUUUUUGUAAAAGAAUUUUCAAUCAUGUAAAUAUUUUAGAUAUUCUCUAUCUGUAUUAUGCAUGUCUGCUAAAAUAAAAAAAACAAUUGUGUACAUAAAAAGACCCAAAAUGUUGUCUUCUUUUAAAUGUGUCUUGAAUCCAGUUUGAUCUGUGUUUUGAAUAAUCUUAACAUGCCAAGUAUACCGUCUCAGCUUUA